AUGACGGCAGCCGAGACGCCGGGGCCUUCCUCAGACGAGCAGGGUCUCGGCGCCUGCCAGCAGCUUCUCCCGGUCUUUGGACGCAGCGACGGCUCGGUUGUGAGGGUGCGGGGAAGCGAGUGUCCGGCCCCACACUUGGAGGACACGGACCUGGACCCCGAGCUGAUGCAGAAGUUCACCUCUGGCACCACUGACGAGGACGUGCUCAUCUGCGGGUUCCACCAGUUGCUUGGCUUCCAGCUCAACCCGGCCGGCUAUGUUUUCCUGCCCAUGACCAGCUGGAACCUACAAGCAGCAAUUGGCGACUGUUAUGACUUCGAGAGGCCAAACAUCAGUGUGCCCUCUAUGUCCUUUGUUGAAGAUGUCACCAUAGGAGAAGGGGAGCCGAUACCUUCUGAUACUCAGUUUAUGAAAACAUGGCGGAUGCAGAAUUCUGGGGCGGAGGCCUGGCCUCCAGGGGUUUGUUUUAAAUACGUCAGAGGAGACCAGUUUGGACUUGUGCACGUGGUGAUGGUGAGACCGCUAGAGCCCCAAGAGAUUGCAGAUGUCAGCGUCCAGGUGUGCAGCCCGGGCAGAGCAGGAAUGUAUCAGGACAGUGGAUACUGUCCACUGCGCAUAUCCUGUCCGCGGAUAUGCGCGGCCACAGGACUCUACCAUGGAGAUGUCGUCGGGGUCCUUCUCGGUGUGGAGGUGGGUGGACUUUUAGGAGUAACGCAGCAGCUGUCAUCUUUUGAAACGGAGUGGGACACACAGCCACAUCGCAAGGCAGAAGGAAACUUCAACCCCUUUGCCUCUCCCCAAAAGAACCGACAAUCAGGUGAACAAUUUAAAAGACCCUGGGGAUUCCGGUUCGACUCAAUCAGCAAAAACACAUGGGCUCCUGUUCCUGACCGCCCCAAGCAAGAUGGGAGUAGACCCUCACAGAACUCUGUGAAUCUGUCCCCCAGCCAGCCGUCACGCAAACAGCUUGUCGGUAAGGUAGGUGCCCUCGGAAAAGAGGAGAAAGGGCAGGUGGUGGGCCUUGGGAUUUGUGAUACCCCUUCAUGGCAAACCUAG